AUCAGACUUCGCUGGAACUAAUGACACGACAGUCGAUAGGCCAAUUGCAAUUAAAAAUGGCGACAUAGGGCGAGGAUUAUGCUGCGGGGUUGGAAAAUACGACAGCAUUGACACGCGCCCCUUUACCGCAACCGCAGACACUACCUCGGGAGACAAUCCGAGCGAGACCGAGUCCAGGAUACCUACCUACCUACCUACCAAGUCUACACCGUAUAAAUAGGCAUCUGUCCACAAUAAUGAACGGCGUAAUUCCUAAAGCAAACUAUCCUUUUCAUAUAUAUGGCCUAGGUAUAGACCGUGGAGAAAUAUAUUGGCGUGGACACUCAAGCAAACUUUAGGGCAUAGUUGAGAAUUGAGAUCCGUGUAGACCUUUACCGAUUAAGCGAUGCUUCUGGACGCCGCCGAAGUCGCAAAGCACAAUACGCCGUCCUCGUGCUGGGUCGUGAUAAGUGGUAAGGUGUACGACGUGACGCCGUAUCUCGAGCACCACCCCGGCGGUCCAGCGAUCCUCGCGAAACAAGGCGGUCGAGACGCCACAUCCGAGUUCCGCUCCGUCCACCAGCCGGACGUGUUGGAGAACCUGCCGAAGGGGAGCUUCCUCGGCGACAUAAACCCUACGACUCUGGCCGCUCUCGCAAUGUCCUCGGCAAGUAAACCGGCGCCGGCAACCGCGUCCGAAGUCGCAUAUAUACCGCCGCCUCCCCCUCUCACCCCAUCCGAGGAGCCCCAGGCUAGCAGCGAACCGCCUCACAUCGCGCACAUCGUAACAGCAGCCGACUUCGAGGGCGCCGCCAAAGCCGCCUUCUCGCGCAACGUGUUCUCGUACGUGUCGAGCGCGGCCAACACCGGCUUCUCGCUAUCCAACAACCUAUCUUCGUGGUCGCGCGUCGUCUUCCGGCCGCGCGUGCUGCGCAACGUGCGCACCGUCAGCCCGCGCUCCGCCAUCUUCGGCCACGCCACCCCGUUCCCGUUUUACAUCUCCGCCAUGGGCCACCUCGGGCGCGCGCACCCGGACGGCGAGGUCGAGCUCGUCCGCGGCGCGGCAAGGCGCGGCGCACACGUGCUAUUGAGCACCGUGACCACGCGGCCCUUCGAGGAAGUCGCCGGCGCGCUGGCGGACGAGCAGAAAAAACUAAACCUGAACCUAGGUAAGAAGCCCAAGGGCUCAGGAGAAGAGUUCCCGCCCUCGACCAUGCAUUUCCAGCUGUACGUGCACCCCGACCGCGCCGUAACCCUAUCCCGAAUCCAGCGCGCCAAAGCCCUCGGCUUCAAGAGCAUAUGGGUCACAGUCGACACCCCCAUCCUCGGCAAGCGAACCCUAGACCGACGGACCCAAGCCUCGGAAGCGCUAGAAGCAGGCCUGCCCGACGCCGCGGAACUCGCCGGGUUCGGCCAGCGCGCGCACGUCAACCAGCAGCAGUUCGAGCCGGCGCUGGGCUGGCACGACAUCGCGUGGAUCAAGCGGGAGUUCGGCGGCGGGCCGCUGGUGCUAAAAGGCGUACAAGCGGUCGAGGACGCGGUGCUGGCGGCGCGCAGCGGCGUCGUCGACGGCAUUCUAUUAAGCAACCACGGCGGGCGGCAGGCGCACGCCGCGCCCGCCGCACUGUCCACGCUCCUCGAGAUACGGACGCACGCCCCCGAGAUCCUGGGCCGGAUCGAGAUUUUCGUGGAUGGAGGGUUGAGGGACGGGGCUGAUGUGCUGAAGGCGCUGUGUCUGGGCGCGACGGCGGUGGGGGUCGGGAGGCCGUUCUUUUAUGCGCUUGGUGCGUAUGGCGCGAAGGGCGUCGAGAGGUGUGUUGAUUUGCUGGCGGAGGAGCUGUGUGGUGGGAUGAGGUUGAUUGGGAUUAAGACGCUGGAUGAGGCGAAGCCGGAGUUGGUGAAUGCGAGGCGUCUGCUGAAUGAGGUGUGGCGGCCGGAGAAGAGUCGUCUAUAAUUAUUUUUAGCGUAUAUUAAGUAGUUUUGCAUCUUACAUUUUCGGUUGUUGUCUUGGUUUCAUAUAUCAUAAGGUAUGUAAUAGGCUUGCCGGGA